UGCCUGCCACGCAAGAUGCUGAAUAAAAGGGGGUUUACAGGCAGCAAUCUGGCAACCCCAUUCAGCCAGAGGAGAGCAGAGGAGACCGCAUCGAUCCAGAUACAUUUUACACACAAAAACAGAAGGAGAUCGAGAGGCAGAGACAGAGACUGGGAAAUAAUCGACUUUCUCCUGAUGGAGACCCAGAAGAACAUCUGGGUCUCAGUCCUGCUCCUGGCAGCUGUUUUUCUGCAGGAAAAGGUCAGUGCAGGAUGCAACGUUCAGUUGUGUAACCCCGCUGCAGAUGGCUCCAUAUACAACUAUGGAGCCAAGACAUUGACUGAAGGUUUGCACAUCCCCUUCAGUCAGUAUGCUGGGAAGUACGUCCUCAUCGUCAAUGUGGCCUCCUUCUGAGGACUUACCUUCCAGUAUAUGGAACUGAAUGCACUACAGGAGGAACUAAAAGAUGUGGGCUUCACAAUUCUCGGAUUUCCCUGUAACCAGUUUGGGAAACAAGAGCCUGGGAAUAAUCAUGAAAUCUUGCCCAUGCUAAAGUAUGUCCGGCCAGGCAAAGGCUUUGUUCCAAACUUCCAGCUCUUUGAAAGCGGUGAUGUGAACGGAGAAAACGAGCAAGGCGUUUUCACUUACCUGAAGAAUUUCUGCCCGCCGGUCGGCGAGAGCUUUGGAAACCCCGCCGGCAGGUUGUUUUGGGAGCCUCUGAAAGUCACGGACAUCAAGUGGAAUUUCGAGAAGUUUCUAGUGGGCCCUGACGGAAAGCCGCUGAUGAGGUGGUUUCCGAGGGUGAACGUUUCCGAGGUCCGGGCCGACAUCAUAAAACUUAUCAACGAACGGAAUUCCAAAAACUAAUCACCUCCAGAAUUUAUUACACAGGCUCCCCAGAUACCAAUAUUCUACAUAUAGUCUUAUAUAUCAUAUUAUAUACAUAUAAUCUUUCAAAGUGUUUAGGAAAUGUGCCAAAAGACAAUUUUAAAACUUUUUAGGUCAGUAUUCGUCAAUUGUUGUCUUUCAGAAGCUGGUUUAUAUACUAUACAUAUAUAUAUAUAUAAAAUUGUUCCUUGAGUGAAGCAGGUAGGAGCAUGAAUCGUGGUGGUUCUGGUGAUCUUGGGCAUGUUCAUGAAGCUCAGGUUUAAAAGCAGGACUUUCUGCCAAGCCUGACUGGAGACUGGGGGAUAAGAGCAGCUCUUCAGUGCAUUCAGGCUGCUUGGUUCCACUCAGACAUGUCUGGUUCUCCAGAGCGACCCAUCAAACCAUGCUCCCACUUGCAAGAGUAUCGUGUCAAUAAAGCAUUACAAAAAAAACCCAA